AAAACAACAAGAUGGACGACGAAACGUGGUGAACUGUCAAUCGGGAGGCAAAUGCUGGAGCGUCUACUUUGUAUACUUGCCAGUUCCCAGAAAUGAUAAACGACUGGAGACAAACGUUUAGCUCAGCAUCCCUUCAUACGACAUCCGCAGAAUUUCAAUUUGGAUUUGUACAGCUGGCACCAUUUAGGGCUGGAGAAGAAAGCAAAGGGUUUCCUUCCCUGAGGUGGGCGCAAACAGCCGGUUAUGGAAAAGUACCAAACGCCAAGAUGCCGAACACCUUCAUGUCUGUUGCUUUAGACCUACCGGAUUUUAGUUCACCAUUCGGCAGCAUCCAUCCCCGUUUCAAGCAUGAUGUGGCAUCCCGUCUGGCCCUAUCUGCUCUUGCUGUGGCAUACCACAAGUCUGGGCUGGAGUACCAGGGCCCAUACCUUUCGGACUACCAAUUGACCGGUCACUCCCUGAAUAUAGAGUAUGACCAGGGACGAACGCCUAUCAGGGUUAAUGCUAACACCACUAACUUUGAGGUAUGCUGCUCAGAAGCGCUCUGUGAUAAAAACAAUGGAAAUUGGAAACCUGCACCAAUGACAUCACAAGAUGUAUCGUCUGUUACUCUGAACACAAUUAAGUGUGGCCACGUAACCGUGGCUGCCGUUCGAUAUGCGUGGCGGGAAAGUCCGUGUCCAUUCAAGCAGUGCGCAGUUUACGGACGGGACACUGACCUACCGGGGCCACCAUUUUACCACAGCUUUCUUUGA